UUGUCAUAUUAUUCUCCAAUCUCCAUCCUUGUACUUUUAUUCAUUUAUUUAUUUUUUAUGAAUGUUCUUCUUGGUGUGAACGAAAUCUAAAAGUGGUACACUAUGCUAAUACAAUGAGAAGUUUAUAUUAACCAUUUAUGUCAAAACCACCUACAGCCAUUAUGAGCAAUAUAUCUAAUAGCAUGUUACAUUUUUCUUGUUCUAAUGUAAUGAAAUUUCAAGGGAAAAGUUCAUUGCUAUUGCUUCUUCUGCUGUUCAUCACCCUUCAUCUUGGGUGUUCUCAAACUUCUGUUUAUAAUUGUGUCCUUGAUAUUCAAUUUUCUUCUGCAUUGACUAGUCCAAAUUGUGAUUUGUACAAUUGGGGAGGGUUUAUCAAUGGCUGUUGUGGACAAUAUUUUGGUGAUUACCUAUAUGCUUUGGGGCUGAGGGCAAACCAAACUGGAAAAAUAUUCUUGAAUUCCUCAGAACAGAAAAAUUGUUUAGCAUCAAUAGAAGCUUUUGAGAAAAAUUUCACUUGUUAUGGGAUAGAGAAGCUAACAAGUGGCGGUGGUGGUUGCUCUGAUUUCACUGUCACAGACGUUAUUAAUCAGCUUGGAGACAACUUUAGGAGAUUGGAUGAAGAUUGCAUUUCUUUGAACAUAAAUAGCAGGCCAAAUGAAACUUGCACUAAAUGUUUGAAAGCAUGGGAAGAUAUCAGUGAAUCAGAAACUACAAGGGGAUUGGAAUCAGCAAAUAAUAGUGCUUAUCUUUGUAGGUUUGCUGAACUUGUCUCAGUAACAAGCACAAGAAUUUAUGAUAGGGAAUCAAUUCAGGAAGUGUAUAAAUGCCUUGGGAAAUAUACCCUUUCUACAGUUAACCAAGAAGUUAAGGCUAGGGGCAAUGCUAAUAUCAAAACAGGCCUCUGGAUUGCCUUUGGCAUAACAGGAGUUAUAGUUGUGGUGCUUCUUGCGGCACUUACAUCAUCUGUCACAAGAAAAAGAGCUCCAAUCUUACAAGAUGAGUCUGAUCCAACGUCACUGAAGAUAACUUUGAGGGAAGUUUAUGUAGCAACAAACAAUCUCAGCGCUUCAAAUUUCAUAGGCCAAGGCAUAGCCGGAAAAGUGUACAAAGGUGUACUCUCCAACAAUCAAGCUGUUGCAGUGAAGCAUAUCACCAAUGAAGGUUACAUGGAGACAUUUGUAAGAGAAGUGAGAAGCCUUUCCCAUGUAAGACAUCAAAAUCUAGUAGCUUUGUUGGGAUACUGUGAAAGUGAAGCUGAAUGCUUCCUAGUGUAUGAGCUAUGCCACAAAGGAAACCUCUCAGAGUGGCUAUUUGGCACUGGUAAAGUUCUCUCAUGGAUUCAAAGACUAGAGAUUGCCAUUGAUAGUGCAAGAGGUCUUGAGUUUCUACACACCUACCCAGUUGGCUGCAUAGUUCACCGUGACAUAAAGCCAUCAAACAUUCUUAUUGAUGCCAACUUCCAAGCAAAGCUUUCAGAUUUUGGGUUGUCCAGGGUUAUGGACCUUGGUCAAUCCUAUGUCAGCUCUGAAGUAAGAGGAACAUUUGGUUAUAUUGAUCCUGAAUAUAGGACAAAUCACCAUGUAAAAGCCUCAGGAGAUGUCUACAGCUUUGGAAUAGUGUUACUGCAACUUCUCUCAGGACAACGGGUCCUUAACAUUGAUCUCCAGAGACCAAUGUCCCUGGGUAAAAUGGCCAGAGAUGUUGAGAGAAGAGGUGAUAUUUCAGAAUUUGCUGAUCCUAAACUCAAAGGGGAGUACUCUGUUGAAGCGUUUGACAUCGUACUAAAGCUGGCUUUGUCUUGCAUAGGGCUCAAGCGACAAAGGCCCUCUAUAGAACAAGUGUUAUAUAGCCUAGUAAAGGCACUCGAUAUCUCAUCAUAACUAAAAUCUUCUGUAAACUGAAGAGUAUAAAUAAGGGCUGAAAACUGUUAAAAAGAAAGAGUAAUGAUCAAGUAUUUUUGUGUAGUACAAAGGAUGAUACAAUCUUAUUCGGUGUUGAGUUUAGGGACUUAGUUUUACA